GACGUGGGACCUACCGAGGUGGCGCGCGGAGAGCUGCAAACGGCAGGGAAUGCUCAACCUUCUUCGAGUUCUGAGACCACAACUGUGCCAGUGCAGGCGGGGCCCAAGAUGGCCUUGACGUCAGUGGAUGCGGGUGGGCGAUCAGGGCAGGCCUAUGACAGGGCAAAGGGGUGGUACACAACCAUCGUGGAUCUCGGCGAUGGAAGUGCCGAGGUGGGUCAUGAGGAGCAGUACCUCGACUCCCACCAGAACCAAGAGGUGAUGGAAUGCAGCGUCAAGGAGGCAGAUAUGGCGGUGAAGGGGUUCCCAAGUACAAUGGUGAAGAUGAAGGGAAUACAGCAGCUACAAGAACUUCAAGCACAAGCCCUGGCCAAGGGUGCCGGCGCCACAGCGAAUGCAGAGGUCCUCAAGCCCGGCACGAUGGCAUUGGCUCCGCUACCAGACCUUAAAGGCGGGUGUGAAGCAGCACUGUCGUUUCAGGACUGGCUGGAGGUCUCGUCGUCUGUGCUUGGAGAUGUGAGCGAGCAGAGCAGCAAUUGGUGGAAAGCCGUCAUCAAUGUCGUGAGUGAUACUUAUGACAGGUGGCUGCGUGCCACCCCUUUGGAGCGCUUGGCGAUAGCUCCUGAUGGUGCUGAUGAGCUGUCUACUGGAAAGUGGGCACGACUGAAUGCAAGAGUCGCAUCCAUGCUCCUUGCGGCUAUGACAACAGACCUUCGUGGAGAGAUGGUUACACAGCGAAUUUCCCAGAAUGUGGUGCGUAUGGUUUACAGGCUUCAUACCUUGUACCAGCCAGGAGGGUCUGCGGAGCGGUCCGAUGUACUGGUUCGGUUGCAAGCUCCUCGGGACUAUUUGAGCGUGGACUCUUUAGAGGAGGUGCUGAAGCUGGUGAGAUCAUGGCCGACUUACAGACAAGUAUAUCAAUCAGUCUCCAGAUGCUGCGUUCCGGACAUCUAUGCUGAGAACCUCGCUGCGCCUGGACCAAGGGUGAAAGCGGUGGAUGCACUACAGCCCAAGGCUAAGGACGGAGCGGCGCGGACACCCGCCGGAGGAGAUCGCUGCACCUAUUCGCAUUCGAUGGCUGGCCUGGACAAGGCCGCGCAGCAAGUGGUGCAGCAAGGGGCGGAACCUCAGUCAGACGGCUCUCCAGAAAAGACACGCCCAGUGAUUAAGACCUUGCGGCUGAUGGAUAUCCGGGUUUGCUCGAUGGAAUCAGCGGCGACUGCUCUACUGGACAGUGGAGCAACCCACAGCUUGCGAUCAGCUGCUAACGCUCAAGAGUGGCUGGAAGCGGAGGAGGUUGCGGUGCAGUUGGCGGGGAACCACCAUCUUACGAUGAGGAUUACGCAGUCAGGGACACUCCUGAUGCCGCGACAGGAAGACCGUGAAGGCCAUGGAAAGCUGGCAAUUCAGGAUAGAAAGCUGGAGCGCCUGGAGAAUGAGAUGCUGACUACGAGGGACAAAGUUGGUCUUUCCGCAGUGGCAAUGGAAAGGCAUUGGAACCACUAUUUGUACGACUAUGUGGGCAAGGGAUCCUUCGAGUCAGGACUUCGAGCAGUUCGGGACGCACCGUUCUUCGAGGACUUACCUGGUGAGUGUAUCUCAGGACUCAUUCCAGGUGCUGGGUUGGAGAAUGGCUGGGAGAUCUUCAAGCUCAAUGGUUUCCUCACAAGGCCACAGAGGAGGAAGCUUAUGGGGAGCAAGAGAUGGGUGGUUCACUUGUUCGCGGGCAAGGAAGGACACUGGGAACUGAUGCAGCUGGAUCAAGGUGAAACGUCAGUGGUGGAGUUAGAUCUAGCCCGAUGCAGUGGACACAGCAUUCUACGCGACGAGAUAUGGCGCAUGCUACUAUGGGGUGCAAAGCAUGGCAAAGUGGAUGUGGUGCUAGGAGGUCCUCCAGGGCGAUUACAUCAGCACUGCAAUGGUGGGGAAAGAGAUGUGAAUUCCCUGAAGUUAAUUGCCAGAAUGAUGUGGUUGUAUGUCGUGGCCCAAGCUGGUCGUGAGCUGAAUGCAAGUGGAAUCAAUGUCAACCGAGACGUGGCUUUCGUGAUGGAGUACCCAGAAGGAUUCCCAGCCUCCCAGCGACAAGCUCGUGAGCAGGAGAUUCAGCGGGCCGAGGAUGCAUCAAGAGUACCUGGUCGAGGCCAAGGAGCGUCAUGGGAACAGACCAGGCGCUAUUGGGAGCAAGUACAGCGACCUCGAUGGGAAGAUCAAGUUGGUAGAAGCACACUCAAUGGUGAUGUCGCAUUUUGGGACACAAGGAUGUGGAAGGGUUUUCAGCGUGAGCUGGAAAUGAGGACAGUGUCGUUUGAUCAAGGAGCAAUGGGAGGCUUCGCACGAAACAGCACCACUUUGGGGACCAACGUCAAUUCCUUGAUGGCGCUGAGCGAAGUUCGACUACCAGAGGAUGAUCCUGCCCCACCACAUGGAGACCGAGAUUAUAUUUGGGCACCUGGCUUGGUCAGAGCAAUCAAAGUUGCGUUAAGUGUUUGGGAGCGGCAUCCACAAUGUGCUCCUCGAAUGUGUGCGAUGACAGCAGAGCAGUGGAAAAAUCAUGUUCGCACAAACCACGCAGUUUAUCGGAAGGACUGCGCUACGUGUGUUAUGUCCCGAGGUUUAGGACGACAACAUCGACGUAUCCAUCACCCGGAAGCAUAUGUCUUGACCGCGGACGUUGCGGGACCGCUUAGUCCGGGACUAGAUGCUACCUCGAAGGGAGCGCUUGGCAAGGGGCUCCGCUACCUACUUAUAGGAAAGUAUCUGGUUCCGAAGCAAUUCAUUGAAGAGUGCUUUGGCAACCCUACGUCCUUGGACAUCGGCACCGAGCAGGCCCCCGAAGCGCUACCUCUCACAGAGGAGCAGCAGCGUGACAUGGAAGAGUUGUUUGGUGAGUCUGAGGUGAGGGAUGCAUCAUUACCCGAAGUUCCACAAGUUGAGGUAAUUGGAAUUGCCGGGGAUGAAAGGGAUGAUGUGGAGAACAGUGAAGAGGUGGCGGAGUGUGAUGAUCAGGAACCAGUCCAGGAGGAGGAGCCUGCUGAGGAGGAGGUUGAGCGUCCUUCAGAUGUGGUGAUGGAACAUGGUGAUUGUGUAGCCCCAGAGAUGACGUUCUUGACGUUCGCGGCGGCACUCCCGAAUAACCAAUCGGCAACCGUUAAGCGUGGAGUACAAGAUAUGGUGCUAUAUCUACAAAACCAUGGGUUUCCGAUUUACCGCUUCCACGCCGACAAGGGGGAGUUCUACAACCAUGGGUUUCGAAAUUGGCUACGUGAUCAAGGAGUCUAUGGAACAUGGUCUGAGCCCAGUGUACCACAAGGAAAUGGUCAAGCAGAGUCUACAGUGCGAUGGAUCAAGGACCGUACGAGGACACUGUUACGGGCAUCAGGUCUUCCUAUGCGGUUGUGGCCAACAGCGGCAGCAACAGCGGCUGCGGAGCAGCGAGCUAAGGUGCUGGGGUGGAAAUCUCAGCUUGCAGCCCCGUACGGAGCACCAGUACACUUACGGAAAAAGGGAUUCGAUAAAGCGGGACCCCUACGGCGAGAGCUUGGACUGGAGAGUAAAUGGCUGGUGGGCAAGUAUGUCGGUUUGAGCAGCAUUGUCCACAACGGACACUUGGUGUACGUUCCGCAGGACGGGGACGAGAAGGAGAAGUUCCUGCACACCAUGCAUGUUCGAGCCAAUCUGGUCGAGCCAGGAACUCCAGACGAAGAUCUCUACAUCGCGACGCCUCCCAAACCAAGGAGGAGGAUUACAGAAAAAACGGACUCUAAGGAGGUCCAAAUGCGAGCUAUUACUAUGACGUCAGACGAGGUAAAGGAGCUUGCGACAGUGAAGGCCAAGGAGAUCACUGAUGACUGGAGCUUAGUACGAGCUAUGGCCUUAGUAGAGAAGUUGGCUGAAGGGGGUUUCUUCGAGCAACGGAAGUUUGGUGUUUAUCGUCAUGGAGGAACAGUCGGAUGGUUGUCAAGCGUCGAGGAGUUUCCGGACCUUACUAGGCUGCUCACCAAGAUUGUCCUGGAGAUUAACCCGGAAGCAGCGUUCACCUCAGUUCUCGUGUCGCACAAUACACCCCGUACUAUGCACAAGGACUUCAAUAAUGACUAUGCCACCAAGAACGUUGUGGUUCCUAUUUGUUGUCCGGAUCAAGGAGGUGAGUUGUGGAUAGAGCUGAAGGCCGGGGAUGUAGUACGUGGGACGAUUGAGCAGCGAAGUAAUGGGAAGCAGAUGGUUUUCGGACAGAUGUUACCGUUGGUGCAAGGAGGAGGAGAAGCAAUCCGGGCUGUAAUGGGUGAAGUACCACAGUAUGGACAAGAUUGGAGCAAUGAUUCACCGUGGUCAAUGUAUUUACAGCUUGAAGAGGGCAUGGUUAAGAUCGCCGACGCAGUUGAGGAGGAGAGCAUCGGACCUCGAUUGAAUAAGGUCGAGGUAAGCUACACCCCGAAGAUUGAGGAAGUGCUCUCUCAGCUAACUGGACCCCUCGAUGUAACUCAUGCUGUUAGCCCCGAUGAGGUCAUGGCGAACCUGGAGGCAUGGCGGCCAUCGAUCUUGAAGGAGCUGGCGGGCAUUGAGGGAGCUGUUGAAAAGCUACCGCCAGGUUCAGAUGCCAGGAGGAGGUGGUUGGGAAAACCCAAUAUUCAGCGGUUGCCAAUGAAGUUUGUUUUUACAGUGAAACCCAAUGACAAAGCUGUGUUGGCGGACAGAUCCACGUGGUUUAAGCGGAAGUCGAGAUUGGUGAUCUGUGGCAACUUCGCCGUGAGUGAUGGGACGCAGGUCUACGCCGAGACGGCUCCAGCGGAAGCAGUGCGCACAGGGCUGACCAUUUCGAGUCGAAACCGAUGGUGCAUAGCAAUUCUCGAUGUGGUGGCGGCGUUUCUUAAGACGCCAUUGGGAAGAUCGCCAAGGGAUCCUGUGGUGGUAGCACAACCGCCUAGAUUGCUGGAGUCUUUGGGGAUUUCAGUAAAAAUGGAACUGUGGGGACUUCUGCGAGCACUUUAUGGCUUACGAGAAGCACCUCUCCUAUGGGGAAAUUUCCGAGAUGAUACGCUACGAGAGCUGGAGACACCCCGAGGACUCAAGUGGAAGCAGGGAAAGGCCAUUACCUCAUGGUGGUCAAUUCUGGAUAGUGAGGGUCGACUGACAGCGUUGGUGGUGGUGUAUGUGGACGACUUUAUGAUCUGUGGUCCACGUAAGAUCGUCACCGAGCUGGGCGACAUGGUGCAGAAGGUCUGGGAGACAUCGGAGUUGACUUUCCUGGGACCGGGGAGUCCGAUCAGAUUCCUUGGUAUGGAGUUACAGCGGGAAGCGGAAGAUUCCACCGAGAUUCUGGUGCUUCAACAGGGAUAUAUACAGGAGCUUCUCAGAACGCAUGGUGUGAAGUCUGUUCACCUGGACAAGAUCCCCAUUACCAAGGAGCUCUCCGUUCUACCAGAGACUCAAGAAGCCCCAGAUCCAGAGGUGAUCCGGAAUGCGCAGCAGAUAACCGGGGAAGUGCUCUGGGUGGCCCAGCGUACUCGUCCAGACUUGUCGUUUGCUACAUGCAUUAUGGCCUCUCUAUGCACAAGGAAUCCAACACAAACCCUGAGCAUUGGGCGAAAGAUUCUUGGGUACUUGCAGCGAACCAGUGGAUAUGGCUUGGUCAUCAAUUGGCAAGGCCAAGGCUUGAUGAUGUAUUCGGACGCAUCAUAUGCGCCCCAGGGAUGUCGUUCGCAUGGAGGCUGGGUUGUGAUGUACGGUGGGGUGCCGAUAUCAUGGAGGAGUGGAAGACAAAGCAUGAUUACUCUAAGUACCGCAGAGGCAGAGUUGCUAGCGCUACUGGAGGGUGCAGUUGCAGCCAAAAGCACAGAAGCCAUCCUGUCUGAUAUCGGGGAGAGGAUCGAAGAGCGAACGAUCGCUACCGAUUCAACUUCGGCGCUGAGUAUCGCUUCGGGAUCGAGCAGCUGGAG